GGCUUGAGGAGCCGCCAGGAAGGGAGGCGAGGAGACAGGGCGGCAGCGGCAGGAGGAGACGGCGGCAGCGGGUUAAUGGACGCCACUGAGGGAGCCGAUUAGGAAGGAGUGAACUCAGCCAGCAACGGCCGCCGGCAGGAGAAGCUGGCGAUGACGGCAACAGUCGCGGGGUCCGGCAGAGCCCAGCGAGGGACCCCCAUGUACUCGCAGAAGAAUCUCACAUCAAAGAAAAAAUAUGACUUUGAAGACAUUUUGGAGGAGAGGAGGCAUUCUAGUGACCUCAGAUAUGCCAUGAGAUGCUACACUCCUGUUGUUUAUAAAGGACUUUCUCCCUGCAAACCAAGUGCCAUUAAAACUAUUGUUCUGCAGUCUGAACAAGUUCAAUAUGUUAUCAAACAGCUGUCAAAAGAGACAGGUGAAUCACCUGACAUUAUACAAGAAGAAGCAACAGAAAUUCUGGAUGAGAUGGGCCACAGCAUGCAUAUGGGAGCUAUACGGUUUUUUGCUUUCACACUGAGCAAACUAUUUAAAUGCCUUUUCAAGAGUGUUUUUGUGAAUGAAGACGGCAUGCAGAAAUUACAACAGGCAAUUCAAGAGCAUCCAGUUGUCCUGCUGCCUAGUCAUCGGAGCUACAUAGAUUUUCUAUUGUUAUCAUAUGUGCUGUACACGUAUGACAUGGCUUUGCCUGUUAUUGCGGCAGGAAUUGAUUUCCUGGGAAUGAAAGUGGUCGGUGAGCUGCUACGAAAAGGGGGUGGCUUUUUUAUGCGACGUACGUUUGGUGGGAACAAACUGUAUUGGGCAGUAUUUGCUGAAUAUGUGAAAACUAUGUUAAAGACUGGGUACGCCCCUGUUGAGUUUUAUCUUGAAGGAACAAGAAGCCGCACUGCAAAGACUUUGACUCCAAAGUAUGGUCUCCUCAAUAUUGUGAUGGAUCCAUUUCUUAAAAGGGAAGUGUUUGAUAUUUACCUUGUUCCAAUCAGUAUCAGCUAUGAGAGAACACUGGAAGAAUCCCUUUACACAUAUGAACUUUUAGGAGUCCCAAAACCAAAAGAAUCUACAUCGGGAUUGUUAAAAGCUAGAAAAAUUCUGAGUGAAGAUUUUGGAAGUAUACAUAUGUACUUUGGACAACCUGUAUCACUCAGAACAUUGGCAGCAGGGAGAAUCCACAGAUGUCCAUAUAACCUGGUUCCAAGGCAUAUUCCCCAAAAGCCAUCUGAGGAAAUCCAAAAAUUUGUCAGUGAUGUAGCCUACAAAAUGGAGCUCCUACAGAUAGAGAACAUGGUUCUGAGUCCAUGGAUAUUAAUUGCUGCUGUCCUGCUCCAGAAUUUACCAGCCAUAGACUUUGAGCUUCUGGUAGAAAAAACUCUUUGGCUGAAAGGUUUAACUCAGGCCUUUGGAGGAUUUCUUGAUUGGCCUGAUAACGUGUGUGCCAACAAAGCAGUGAGAUCCAGCCUUGCUCUACACGCAAAUAUUGCAAGCCUUGUCAAUGGUCAAGUCGUUCUCAAUGACAAAGAAAUGGGACCUGCUGCUGUAGAGGAUCUUGUCUUUAAACAAGCCCUCUCGAUCCUCCUGUGUGGGUCCUACAGGAACCAAUUGCUUAAUAUCUUUGUGCGACCAGCCCUUGUAGCACUUGCAUUGCAAAUGAGCCACUCUUCCAGAAAAGAGGAAAUCUAUAGCAAUUUUGCUUUCUGGCAUGAUGUUUUUUCUGAUGAGUUCAUCUUUUUCCCUGGAAUACCUCUUAAGGAUUUUGAAGAAGGCUGUUUCCUGCUUACCAAAUGUGAUGCAAUUCAAAUCACACCACAGCAAAUCUUUGUUACAGAGAAAGGGAGCACUGUAAUCACUUUCAUAACAGCAAUGUUCAAGCCUUUUGUGGAAGGUUACCAGAUAAUCUGCAGGUACCUUUCUAAGGAAGCAAAUGAGGUCUUUACUGAGCAGCAGUUUAUACUUGGAGUUCGAAGUUUUGUUUCUCAGCUUCUUGAGAGAGGAAGCACACAGUGUUAUGAGGUGCUAUCUUCAGAUAUGCAGAAAAAUGCUUUGGCAGCUCUUGUGCGACUUGGUGCUGUGACCAGAAUGAAGAUGACUAAAGGGUUUACUUACAGUGUAAGUAAAGAGGCUCUGAGUAAAACUGCAGGAAUGUUUGAAUCUAGGAUGCCUGUAAGGAAACUGGUGGCUGCAAGACUUUAAUUGGAGUCUUGAGUGACUUGCCCCAUGCACACUGCAACUGUGGAGGAAAUUAUAGACAAAAGGUUACAGAAGACUAAAGAACACUCUACCUUGAAAUGUUCCCAUUACAUAAGGUUGGGAAGAAUGCCUAGAGUCAGAAUGUUUUCAUCCCCACUCUAAGAACUUGGUCAACAUUGACAUUUAGGAUUAUUUGUACACUGAUGUUCUCUUAAGCACUGCUCCUCUCUUUCAUCUACAGUUAGUAUUUGGGAGAACUGCACAGGAACAUUUGAAACUUAUGUCAAGAUAAGGAAAUGGCUGGUUUUUAUAUACACAAUUGUGUUGUUAAAAAUGUAACUAAGCAACUAAGAAUGUGACAUUGAAAGGAAUAUUUAAGGAAAAAGUCAUUGGUUGCUAUUGUACUUAUGAAGAUAUUAUGUUCCUUUAAAGGAACUAAUCCCACGAAACCCCAAUUCUUAAACUGUUUUUUAAAAGGCAAUUGUACAUACAACUCUCUAACCAUUUAAAAACUAAUAAAGGAAUAACUUCUGCUGCUUUCAGCUGUUGCAUUUUGAUGACUUCUGUGUGAUAAUUUGUGCAGCAUUGCUGUUCCUUUAUUGCUGUGAAGAUUUAUAAAAAACAUUUUGCCAGUUA